AUGUCGGUGAACCGUCCUCGUCCCGCGCACGAUCAGACGAAGUUCCCCAGACCGAACUCAUCAAACGAAAGUCUACCUGCGUCAGGGCAGGAUUCGAUCGAUCGUCGGUUAAAACGCCUUAGAGAAGACGUCCUUCCUUUUUAUCCCUUUCAACUCACCGUGCCUACCGAUGUGCCGUUUCGUCUCGGAGGGCGUUUUGUCAACAAUUGGGCAGUGAGUAAUGAGGGGCCGUUUACUCCAGAGGAACAACAACUCCAGUACAUGACAUUCUUGACACACCACGAGGGAGACUCUUUAUUGGUGGCCGUUGGGGACUGGUCUGACGGUAAGGGCACCGUCAUGUCUGAUCGCCCUGAUCCCCAAAGUGCGGCAAGCACGCCGUCCAGCGGGUCUAUCAAAAAGAAAAUUAGCCUAAGUGAUUACAAGAAUAAGAGAAAGCCCGGGGGGUCGACUUCCCCAAUCAACCGAGAUCCUAGCCACCACAGCGCUGGAACAACCGUUGGCUUCGAUGACAGCCAACGCGCCCCAAGGGUUGCUUCCAUUGAGGACAACUUUCACCGAAAACUUAAUCCCGCGUCCUCACAACCUCCUGGCCGGUCCGAUUUCGAGCCUACUGAGCGCAAACGACACCCGGAUUCCGGGAAUGGCCGUUCAGGGUCACGCGAAAGUAGAGAAUUAAUCGUGACACACACGAAAAGACCAAAACUGUCGCCCGAUGGCGGAUUGGAACCAAAUAAACCGGAGCGGUCUAAGGCAAGCGAACUCCCAGUUCUUCUGUCACCAACUCUACCACCAACUACGGAUAGUCCUAGGCUACCUCGACUUUUGUCGCCCACCCUCCCGCCAGACAUCGAGAAGGAACUCGCCAAGUUAGAAGAGGAUCCUUGUUUCCUUAAUCCCUCCCAGAUAAAACAUGCCACCAAUCCCGAUUUAGUGAAGGUCCAUUUCAACAAAGACAAGAGCUUUGAUGACCGCGACAAGCAUUUGGAUUCAACCCUCGCCUCUGGUCGACGGGGAACGAACAGUAGAAGCUCAUUGUCGAUUCUGAUCUCUGACACAAGCGAUAUCCCAAAGGCGAGCCCAAGCUCCCAGGCAAAUGGCAAAUCAAAUUCUCUCGAUGUGUCCGUGAACCCACAUUUAAUUGUGAAACUAAGAUACGGCAGAUCGAAUAGAAAGCGCGUCGAAGCUCUUCUCAGGUUCUCUGGUAAAAGAAAACAUGCUUCAAUGAAUUCCCCUACGAAAGGAACCGGCGACUCCGAUCUUCCCCAAGCCACGAAAUUUGAACAAACUGCCGCAAAAAUACCCGCAUUGGAACGCGGAGAAGGUAAAACAAAACCUGUCGCGAGUAUGCAAGGGAAUAUCCUCUCAGGAGACACGCCCGGGGAAACAAAACUGCACCUUCCAGGAAAAUCCCAAGGCGCUACUUUGCCCGCCUCAAACCCACACCAGCAGGAAAGGACCAAAAAGGCUUCACGAACCCCCGGGAAAGAAGUCAAAGAGGCAAGUGUUCGGUCAGAUAUGACCGGCGUCGAGGAUAUAACCCAAGCCGACCCCGUUACGGCAGCGAAACUGUCACCUCGAAAUGGUGACCGUCGAGCCUGGAGGGAUGAGUACCAGAAAUAUGGCAAUCUAGGACGGGAGCUCAAGCACGCGGCAGAGCGACAUACAGCGAAAGACAACGCGACCGCGGUCGAUGAGAAGCUGGCGGUAGCAACUGCAAUAGAAGCAAUUCUCUGCUUCAUCCUGGCGUUCGUGGCAGAUGAUCAAUCCAAAAUCCUACCUGGUCAGGUCGGAGAUUCGUCGUCCUGGCUAUCAAUCCUCGCAUACUGGCGUGUCGUCAGGAAGAACAGUACGUCGUACAGACGUCUUUACAGCCUUUGUUCAAUUCUUGGCGCUGUUUCUUACGAUGCUAUUCAUUCUCUUGAUUUGGAACGUCUUGCCGUCACUCCACUGCCAGGAGAGUAUGCGAUUGCGCCGACUCCGAGUACUGAUGAGAACAAUGCUAUCAAGAGCGAGAAUAAGAGGAAUCGAAGGGAAUUCCAAGAGUUGAAAAACAGAUUGCCUGAAUGCUACAAAGAAUCCCAACGGCUUUGGCUAGAGGGCUCGCGCGGCCUUUCCGAAGAGGUAUUGACACGCGAAUUUCCAAACACCUGGUCCCAGCGGUCAAAAAACUUCUCGGAGCAAGGCAGACAACGUCUCAAGGUUGGUGACUAUUCUGGCGAGUACUUUCUGCCCCUUGGAAGAACGAAUUCUCCCGUGGAGAUUGUCCGAUUCGGUUACGCGGUUCUGAAGGAGUGGUGUACAAACGAAGGUGUUGGAUGGAAUGGCCGCCUUGCCCUGUAA